AUGACGGACAACUCCAGCUUCACGCCCAUGGCCGACACCGACCUCGAGGCGAUCGGCCGCAACUGCCAGUACGAGUUUUGCGGCCAGCUCGACUUUCUCCCCUUUCGCUGCGAGUCGUGCCGCGGCACGUACUGUCUCGACCACCGCACCGAGACGACUCACAAAUGCGCGCACGCUGGCGAAUGGGCACGCAAGCGGCGAGAAGCUGCUGCUGGUGGACCUCUUGCAGCACCAAAAGCUAAAUCUUCCGUGUACAACACCGACCAGUGCUCGCAUCCGGCGUGCAAGUCGCUGAUCAACACGGCCACGCGCGUCGGCGUCCACUGCGACCAGUGCAAUCGCGACUACUGUCUCGACCACCGGCUGGGCGAGCAGCAUGACUGCGCCAAGCUGACGCCGUUGGGGGCGCGCGUGCGCAGCAAUAAUAACAAUGCGAAACCGGGCGAUACGAUCCGGUCGAUGUUUUCCCGGCUGCGGGGCGUGGGCAAGGACAUUUCAAAGACGACGACAAUCAAGCUGCCGUCGAGCGUGCAAGCCAGGCUAUCCUCGUCGGCGACAGGGCGUGGCGCCGUGGCACAGUUGAACCAGAUGAAACGGACGGCCAAGGGCGAUGCCUCGGUGCCGGCUGACCGGCGCAUCUACCUGCAUGUUGUGGGCACGUCAGACCGGCCCACUACAAAUAAUGAGCCCCCCAUGGGCGAUUUCUUCUACGAUGCGCGGUGGAAAGUCGGCCGGGUGCUCGACGACGCCGCCCGCAAACUGCGCAUUGAGAAUGUGAACAAUCGUGGCGGCGGCGAGGAGGCCCGGCUGCGCGUGUUCCAUGUCGAGGCGGGCAAGUUUUUGGAGUUUUCGGAUGCGAUUGGCGACGUGACGUCGGGGCAUACCGUUGUGCUGUUGCGGGGGGCCGGGGUGCUGCUGGAUAAAUAG